AAAAUGGGUUGGAAAAAAUGAAUUUCUUUCAAGAAAUACAAACAAAUUAUGAUAUUAAAGAUGAUACAAUAAAAAUAGUUGAAAUGCACACGUGUGGAGAACCAACACGUAUAAUAGUUAAAGGAUAUCCACCAAUAAAAGGGUCAACAAUAUUAGAAAAAAGAAGAUAUGUACAAGAAAAUUUAGAUUAUCUACGUAAAAGGAUAAUAUUUGAACCAAGAGGCCAUAAAGAUCAGUAUGGGGCAAUUUUAAUUAAAAAUAGCAAUGAAAAUGGCGAUGAAACUGUAGACAUCGGAGUAUUGUUUAUGCACAAUGAAGGAUAUUCUACUAUGUGUGGACAUGCUACAAUAGCAUUAGGAAGAUUCCUAAUCGAUUCUAAUAUAUUGAAUUUUUCUAAUGAUGGACAAGUUAGAAUUAACAUUGAAUGCCCCUGUGGAAUUGUACCAACAUUUGUUGAUACUAUUCGACUCUCAAAUGGAAAAUUACAAGCUAGAUCCGACAAAGAUGUUAAAUUUCAUUCAGUACCAUCAUUUGCAGUCGCAAUAAAUGUUUCGAUUGAAUUUAAAGGAAGAAAAAUUAGGGUUGAUAUUGCAUUUGGAGGAGCAUUUUAUAUUAUUAUUUCGGUUAAAGAAUUACUACCCGACAUUGUGCAAGAAAAUUAUCAUAAAAUUAUGCUAGAAAAUUUUAAGUACAUUACAGAAUUGGCAGGUGAUCUUACGGAGAAGUGCAGGAACUCAAAAGAAUUUAUCCAAAAAUAUAUAAUACAUCCAGAUAAUUUGAAACAAGAUUUAAAUUUCUUAUACGGUACCAUAGUAACUAAUGACAUAUAUAAUAUUUGUAUCUUUGCAAAUAGAGAAAUAGAUAGAUCACCUUGUGGAUCGGGAGUAUCAGCCAGAGUCGCCUUACAAUAUGCAAAAGGUAUUUUACAAUUGAAUCAAACUUGUUACUAUCAAAGUAUAAUAGGAAACGAUAAUAAGUUUUCAGGAAAAGUUAUUAAAUCUUUAAAAUUACAAGGAAAUGGUAAUAAUAAUUCAGAAGAAAUUCAGGCUGUUAUAGUUGAAGUAGGAGGAAAAGCAUAUUAUACAGGUGUUUCCACCUUAAUAAUUGAAAAAGAUGACACUUUUCAAGAAGGUUUUUUAUUACCAAAUUAAAAGAUAAUUAUCAUUGAGAACAAAUAAAUACAUUAUGUACAAAUAUAACUUAAAAAUAAAUAACUUUAGAUUUAAGUUUAUUUAAUCCUGAAUCAACAUCUUUUUCGUAAUUCAAAAGUGUUGGUCUUAGGAAUCCAAUAUAUAAUCUUUGUGCUCCUUUAGUUUGUGG